CUGGAAGUUUCCGAUUAAGGCCGGUUUACCCAUAAUGCACUGCGCCGUGGCUUCCUUUCUUCUCGGGUGUGUGGUGGCGGUCUAAAAUGUCGCUACUGGAAGGUCCCUUAAACGUGCUCGGCCAGAGAACGACUGGCGAGUCGGUUCGCACUCAAAAUGUCAUGGCCGCAGCAUCCAUUGCCAACAUUGUCAAGAGCUCCCUUGGCCCAGUGGGUCUUGAUAAGAUGUUGGUGGACGACAUUGGGGACGUGACCAUCACCAAUGAUGGUGCUACCAUCCUGAAGUUGCUGGAAGUGGAGCACCCAGCUGCUAAGGUCCUCUGUGAGCUGGCUGACCUGCAGGACAAGGAGGUCGGGGAUGGGACCACUUCGGUGGUCAUUCUUGCUGCAGAGUUGCUGAAGAGCGCGGAUGAAUUGGUCAAGCAGAAGAUUCACCCAACGUCUGUCAUCAGUGGAUACCGCCUGGCUUGCAAGGAGGCGGUGCGCUACAUCAACGAAAACCUCACCAUUGGGACAGACGACCUAGGCAGGGAGUGCUUACUCAACGCAGCCAAGACCUCCAUGUCCUCCAAGAUCAUUGGAGUUGACGCAGACUUCUUCGCCAACAUGGUGGUGGACGCCGCUCUGGCUGUCAAGUUCGUGGACGGAAAGGGUAUAGCCAAAUAUCCCAUCAACUCCGUCAACGUGCUGAAAGCGCACGGUCGCAGCCAGAAGGAGAGUUUCUUGGUGAACGGGUAUGCGCUCAACUGCACCGUGGGAUCGCAAGGCAUGAUAAAGCGUGUGGUCAACGCCAAGAUCGCCUGCCUGGACUUCAGUCUGCAGAAGACUAAGAUGAAGAUGGGGGUCCAAGUCGUCAUCAACGACCCUGAGAAGCUUGACCAGAUCCGACAAAGGGAGUCUGACAUCACCAAGGAAAGGAUCCAGAAGAUUCUGGCGUCCGGGGCCAAUGUGGUGUUGACCACUGGUGGCAUUGAUGACAUGUGCCUGAAGUACUUUGUGGAUGUGGGGGCCAUGGCAGUAAGGAGAGUUCUCAAGAAGGACCUCAAACGCAUCGCCAAAGCCACGGGCGCCAUCCUUUGCCCGUCUCUGACCAACUUGGAGGGAGAGGAGACGUUUGAGGCCACUAUGCUGGGCCAAGCCGAGGAAGUCGUGCAGGAACGCGUCUGUGAUGACGAACUCAUUCUUGUCAAGAACACCAAAGCACGUACGUCAGCCUCCAUCAUUCUACGUGGCGCCAAUGACUUCAUGUGUGAUGAGAUGGAGCGUUCACUGCACGACGCACUCUGCGUGGUCAAAAGGGUGCUGGAGUCAAAGUCUGUGGUCCCAGGAGGGGGCGCUGUGGAGGCGGCGCUGUCAAUUUAUCUGGAGAAUUACGCUACUAGCAUGGGCUCCCGAGAGCAGCUGGCCAUCGCCGAGUUUGCCCGGUCGCUCCUCGUCAUCCCAAAAACGCUGGCAGUGAACGCAGCGCAGGACUCUACAGACCUAGUGGCUAAACUGCGAGCCUUCCACAACGAAGCUCAAGUUAAUCCUGAACGCAAAAAUCUGAAGUGGAUCGGCCUUGACCUGUUGAACGGCAAACCCAGGGACAACCGCCAGGCCGGCGUGUACGAGCCCACCAUGGUUAAGACCAAGAGCCUCAAAUUCGCCACCGAGGCGGCCAUCACCAUCCUGCGUAUCGACGACCUCAUCAAGCUGUUCCCCGAGCCGAAGGAGGGCGGCCAGUCGUACAGGGAUGCUGUGCAGUCCGGAUCUCUGGAGGGUUAACCAAGAGGCUGACAGGUCAACCUUGUUUCCUUACCUACGGAACUCUUCCUGGCUGUCACUCCAGUGUAGGCUUCGCACUUUGCCUGUUUAGUGUGUGUGUGUGUGUGUGUCCCCUCCCCCCACUUAAUAAAAACUCCAUAAUGAC